CCGGCUCUUUUAUAACGAGGGGGAAUAUCUCGCGUCUAUCAGUUUACAAAGUGUUUGCCGCUACAGACAGUACUUCGGAAAAGAACAAUGAAACCACAUGUUUUGGUCACUAGUAACGAUGUACUGUCAGCUGGUAUAGAUCUUCUCCGUACAAAGUGCGAUGUUACAAUCAUUCAAUCUAUUAUGCCGACCCGCGAAGAUGUAUUACAAACUCUUCCUGGUUAUGAUGCAAUCCUUGUCACUGGUCAUAUUGGUGUGAAUAGUGAAUUUCUCAAUACUGCAGGGUCAACCCUCAAAGUUGUUUCAACACUGUCAGCUGGUUACGAUCAUUUGGAUGUUCCUGAAAUUAAAAGAAGAGGUAUCAAAGUCGGUAAUACUCCUAAGGUUUUAUCGGCUGCAGUUGCAGAGAUUGCAGUAUUUCUGACACUGGGCGCAGCAAGACGAACUCACGAAGGACGCCUAAAACUCGAACAGGGCCGAGUGGGAAAAAGUUUUCAAUGGUUACUUGGUCGAGAUUUAAGGGGAUCAACAGUUGGCAUUGUUGGUUUGGGCAAUAUUGGACAAGCUAUUGUUAAACUUUUGAAACCAUUUGAAGUAGAUCGUUUCCUCUAUACCGGACAUUCUCGUAAAAAAGAAGGGGAUGAACUUGGCGCUAAAUUUGUAUCUCUCGAUGAUCUUCUUGAACAAAGUGACUUUACGAUCGUUGCUGUUCCGUUAACUAAUGAAACUAGAGGAAUGUUCAACGAUAAUACUUUCGGUAAAAUGAAGAAAACCGCGGUAUUCGUAAACGUCGGUCGCGGCCAAGUGGUAAAUACGAAUGCCUUGGUUAAAGCAUUGCGUAAUGGAACAAUUUUUGCUGCGGGUCUUGAUGUCACGGAUCCUGAACCACUGCCUCCUGAUCACGAACUUCUUCAACUGCCUAAUGCUGUGAUCAUACCCCAUUUGGGUAGUGCUACUAUAAAGACUCGUGUUGACAUGUCACUUGCUGCAGCCCAGAAUAUUCUCAAUGGAUUAGAGGGUAAGCCAUUGUUGUAUGAAUUGUAA